CGUAUGAUUUAGCCUCCUCUCAUAGGCCUUGCAGCAGCAGACCUGGCUGACACUCAUUCAGCUAGCCUGACAGCUAGCUAACUGCUCUAACCUCAGAUAAACAGCAUGGAGUUAAAUAACAUGUUAUCACAGCUCGACACUUCCAACGAAGAGGACAUCGAGAAGCUUCUGCGGCAGUUCAUUAGAGAGAACAGUCACACCUUCAGUUUUGACCAAAAGGAGGAGACCCUGCGGAGUAAGCUGUGUCAGAGCGUGUUGUCGGUUCUCGGGAGGAAGGUGCAGCCCAGCUGUCAGAAGACAUGUCUGGAGACACUCCGCAUCCUGUCCAGAGACAAGCGUGUCCUCGCACCUGUAGCCACCAGGGAGGGCAUGCUGAUCCUUGGAGGGAUGGCGAGGCUGAACGCUGGAGAGGAAGGAAAUGACAACCAGAAAAGCUCUCAGGAAGACACCCUGUCAGAGGAAGAGGAGAGGGUGGUGGUGGAGGCCUUGAAGUGCCUAUGCAACGUGGUGUACAACAGUCCUGCAGCUCAGCAGGUCAGUGUAGACGUGCAGCUGGCUCAUGGCCUCUGUGCCAACCUGCGUACAGCCCGCACAUGGCACCAUGAGGUGGGCCUCUUCACACUGCGCCUCCUCUUCCUGCUGUCUGCACUGAGGCCCGAUGUGAGAGGGGUUUUGAGGAGAGAAUUGCAUGCUGUGAGACUACUGACGGAGGUCCUGGAGCACACCCUGGAUGUGAGCUGGGUCGGUCCCUAUGAAGCCGCCCGUCCAGAUCCACAGGCCCUGCCCAUGCCUGCAGCGGACAAUGAGAGAUCAAUGGAGGCGCUCAAAGCCUUGUUCAACCUCACACUGUCUGACACUGGUGGUGAGGAGGACGACCACCAGUUCCGACUCAUCGCCGCUAUCCUGCGUCAUCUGUUGAUGCUGAAGACUGAGACCGAGGAGAAAACGGAGGAGGCACACAGGUGGGAAGUCUCCCAUGCCAUCAACCUGCUGAAUAACCUGCCCGUGUCCUGCCUGGACGUGUUGAUUGACGUGCCUGUCCAGGGAGGACUGGAGAUAUAUGGUGGGAAAAACAUGGAUGGAGUCCAGAUGUUGAUAGACUUCAUGGAGAAAAGGAUGGACAAGCAGGGCUCCAACUACAAAGAGGGUUUGACUCCGGUGCUCAGCCUCUUGACUGAAGGAUCCAGACAACACAGGGAGAUCCGCAGAUAUAUCAAAGCUCAGGGUACAGUACUCCCCCCACUGAAAGAUGUAAAGAUCAGGCCAGAGAUCGGCACCACCACCAGAAACAAGCUGGUUCGCCUUAUGACACACGUGGACAUGGGUGUGAAGCAGACGGCUGCAGAGUUUCUCUUCGUCCUCUGCAAAGAAAGCGUGGACAACCUGUUGAAGUACACAGGAUAUGGAAAUGCAGCAGGACUCCUGGUGGCUCGAGGACUUCUGGCCGGAGGGAGAGGAGAGACUCAGUACUCGGAAGAUGAAGACUCGGACACAGAGGAAUACAAAUCUGCUAAAACUUUCAUCAAACCCAUCACCGGUCACGUGGAGGAGCCGAUGCCACCCAUCGAGGAGAUGACCGAGGAGCAGAAGGAGUACGAAGCCCAGAAACUUGUCAAUAUGUUUGACAAGUUGUCCAGGCAGAACGUGAUCCGGCCGAUGGGCGUCCGGCCCGACGGGACAUUAGCACCUCUUGAAGAAACUCUCUGUGAUCCCCCCGAGGACUCGGGAUCAGACUCUGACUAGUUGCGCUGCACAUUCGGGCCACAUUUCCCAGACUGGGCCCCCAACACAUCUGGAGCUGUGUCCCAUCUCAAGGUCUGGAUCCUUCUGAAGGAAGCUGGGGUCAGUCAGAGGAGCUAGAAGCUGGCUGAACCAGUCUACCGUCACUGAGCUGAAGUAAGUCAACACGCUGUCCUGAUGCCUCCCGAUAAGUCAUCGUCUCUAUUUACUUAAACUGGUGGAAUUUAGGAUCCGCUUUUUAACUGGUUUAACUGUUUUUUUAACAGGAAGUCGCCCGAAACUGAGAAAAGUUUAAAAUCGUGAUAACUGGGACAAGUUACAUUUACGUUAACAUUACGAGCUUUAGUGUAACAAACUGGUCAAUAAUAUAUGAGAUUAAUGGUAACCCGUAUAACUUCUAUUUAUCUGUACGUUUCAGUCAGGUGUAGCGAUAUAUAAUCUAGGCCGACCCGUUCAGUACGUAUUCAGUCUAGAGAUGUAACUUGUGGUGAUCCGGUCCUGAGCUGGGACACAGCUCAUCGUGUCCCGACGCAGCAGGAAGACUUUCUCCAAAGUGACUCGAUGCGCGGCAGAAAGACUCUUGCGGCGGCAUCAUGAUGCACGGAGGUCUCCGUGGUUACUGCUGCACCUUUCCUCCUUUAUUCUACCGCUCCAUAAGUUGAAAACAAUAGAGGUAAUAAUAUCAUUAUUUGCUGUGGGAUGCGCCGAUACCGAUACCAGUAUCGGGUCCGUUACUGUGCUCAUGUACUCGUACUCGCAAAACGGCUCCGACACAACGACACCAAUGCACCCGAUACGACCGAUACGCCCGACCCGUGGGCCGGGAUCCCACCUCAGCCGGUGCGCGCUGGCCCUGACUUUCAUUGGGCCACGGGGUUUUACUUGCACCUCUGACUCGCGUGUGCGUUAGAUCCUUGGUCCGUGUUUCAAGACAGGUCGGGUGGGUUGCCGACAUCGCCGCAGACCCCUGGCGCUUUUACGUGGGCCGAGCCCCGCCCUGGGGGCACGACGCGGUUGCCUGCCGUGUGUCGCUCACACCCUC